AUGACCGAGAAGCCUUUAUUACUCCUUAAUAUAGUUUUAUCUAAUUUAAUUUCCAAGUUAAAAGUGUUUAUUGGCAAAUUAGAGAAAAUUCGCAGUAAUCGAAUUUCUUUGGAAGUAAUUAGGGUGGUUCAUUCUUUUGAACCAAAAGCAACCCCCUUAAUUAAAAAAGUAAUUUUAGAUGAACAAUCAGGCUAUAAAUUUGAACGAGAUACUAAUGAUGAACUUUAUUUCAGUCUUACCACUAUCACUACCCAAAUCAAAGAAGGGCUGAUUAAAGGGGCAAAGUUAAUUACUUUAGAAGGAGAGAAAAACUUCCGUUUAAUUCACCAAGAUUUAAAAAAAUGGCUAAAAAAAGAGGCUGGACUUUCUCAAGACCAGAAAAAGACUUAUGAAAAACAAGUCGAUAAACUAAUUAAGGAUUAUCAAGAAAAACUCCUAGAAGCCGAAAAAAAGAAGGCUCGCGAGUUAAGUUCCUAG